AUGGCUACUUCUGUUGACGAAAUAGAGUAUGAACCUUCUCUCCGAAAUAUCAUUGAACAGCAGUCAUUGAAAUGGGUUUUUGUUGGUGGCAAAGGUGGAGUUGGCAAAACUACAACCAGUUGCUGCCUUGCCAUCGAACUGGCCAAAGUCCGUGAAACAGUGUUGAUCAUCUCCACUGACCCAGCACACAACAUCUCCGAUGCUUUCAACCAAAAGUUUUCCAAGAUACCCAGUCAAGUACAGGGUUUCUCCAAUUUGUUUGCUAUGGAGAUUGAUCCCAACUUAGGAUUAUCUGAAUUACCUGAAGAAUAUUUUGAAGAAGCCGACAUGAUGAGUAUGGGUAAGACAAUGAUGCAAGAACUACUUGGAGCAUUCCCUGGAAUUGAUGAAGCAAUGAGUUUUGCAGAGGUCAUCAAGUUAGUAAAAGGCAUGAACUUUUCAUGCGUUGUGUUUGACACAGCACCAACAGGACAUACUCUGCGUCUUCUCUCUUUUCCAAGUGUUGUGGAGAAGGGGUUGGGGAAAUUGCUGCGGAUUCGUAGCCAUUUUAAUCCAUUUAUUUCACAAGUGGCAGGAAUGUUAGGUAUGCAAGAUUUGAAUGCAGAUGAGAUGACCAAACGUCUAGAUGAAAUGCUAGACACUAUCAGAAAUGUGAACAUUCAAUUUAAGAAUCCUGAUCAAACCACAUUUGUGUGUGUAUGUAUUGCAGAGUUUUUAUCUUUGUAUGAAACUGAACGUUUAGUGCAGGAACUCACUCGUUAUGGCAUUGACACGCAUAACAUCAUUGUAAACCAGCUACUGUUUGUGCCAAAGGACGAACAGACAUGUAGCAUGUGCAAAGCUCGUCAUAAAAUUCAGUCCAAAUACAUAGACCAAAUCCUCGAUUUGUAUGAAGACUUCCAUAUCACCCAGUUACCACUUAUGGACGACGAGGUGCGCGGAGUGGAAAAACUCCAUGCCUUCUCUAAACAUCUCGUCACCCCCUAUAAGACGGAACAAUAUGACCAUCAGCAAAAUUGCUUCUCCUCCUCCUCCUCCUCCCAAUCUAUGUCCUCUCUCCAGCCUGUCUAUCUUCACUGCCUUUUCUAUUGUUCCCAUGAUUGCUGGAAUGAAUUGUUUUUGGAUGAAGGUCUGCCAAAUUGGCUGUGGUUGUCUCCCCUGCCGACUUCAAUCCUUAAUGUCUGUUAA